GUCACCCCGAAAAAUAGAUUUGAUUUAUCUAUAUUCUAUACUAUUAAUAGUUAAUACUAGUAGAUUGUAAACAAACUAUAAAAAUAAAAAUUAUGAGAAAAACAAAUAAAUAAACAAAAUGAAACCUGCGGGUCUCUCUGUGUCUCCUCUGCUCCGUUUCGUCUUAAAGAGUGCUUUUCACAUUUAAACGCUUUCUUAAUUUCUGUCAAGUUUCCCUCCCCAUUACUGCACAUCUUCACACACACUGACACACAAAUUUCCUCUCCUUCUCUCUCUCUCUCUCUCUCUUCCAAUGAUUUUCAGGUAAAUGACAGAAACAGGAAGUUGGAAGGGGGUUACCUAAUCCAUCACCCCCCACCUAUUAUUAUUAUUAUUCAGUUUUCUCGUAUUUUUAUGGUCACGGGCUGGAAUUAUUCAUGCAGUCCUAAAGUUUAAUGAGCUUGAAACCGUCCCAAGUUUUGGGGUCUCUGAAAGUUUCAAUCUUGAGGCUAUUACUGCCCUUUUAGAAUCACUUUAUAGUUUAUACUGCUUCCGAUUCAUUCUAAUGGCGGCCGUACAGAUGUUGUCACACGAGGUGGAUUUGGAAUGCGGCCACGGCGGCGUCGGCGGUGGUGGUGGCCACUCUGUUCCUGAUGAUGAUGAUGACAGCAGCGUCUGUUUCUCUGACGCUGAAGACGGUUCUUGCUGUUCACAAUUCUACUCAACCGCGGACGGUGAUGGGUCCCAUGAUGAUGAUGAAGAGAUCAUCUUGGAGGCCAUGGAGUCCCGGAGAGUGUCGUCUGUGGCUGAUUCCGAUUGCUCGGUUGAAAUAAUGGAGAGCAGGGUUGUCCAAAUUAAAUCUUGUUUGGCAAAGUCUGAAAGAGAUUGCCGGAUUUGUCAUUUGAGUUUGGAGAGUACAGAGCCUGAGUCUGGCAUUGCCAUUGAAUUGGGGUGCUCUUGUAAGGAUGAUUUGGCUGUUUCUCAUAAGCAUUGUGCUGAGGCUUGGUUCAAGAUCAAAGGAAACAAGGUUUGUGAAAUAUGCAACUCAAUUGCGCGCAAUGUUGUCGGUGUAAAUGACAUAGAGUCGGGUCAGCAAAACAACGAGGCCAACUCGACGGCGACAAACACAGCAUCAGAACCAGGGGAAGUGGUGGCAGGAUCCCGGCGAAGCUGCCCUGAUGGGCGUCUCCUCAACUUUGUCCUUGCUUUUAUGGUGUUUGCUUUUGUCUUGUCUUGGCUCUUUCACUUCAACGUUCACGCAUGAAUAACUUAAGGUGGUCCUUAGAACAGGGCAGAGGCAGAGUAAUUUAAGUGUAGAGUGGCGUGAAUUCCUGGUACCAACUUCAGGUGGUCGAGAUUAGAACAGGGCAGAGGCAGAGUAAUUUAAAUGAGCGGUUGCGUAGUAGAACUAUAAGGGAUUCAAUAUCUGGGUUGAAAUCCACUAAGAGGAAGAUUGUCCAUCAAAAGUCAAAACCAAUUUCUUGGUUCGUUAAUUUAAUACACCUUCAAUUAUCCAUUUGUGUGUAGUUCAGAGCAAAUGUAGAACACUCCCUAGGCUGGAAAACUAACAUCCAUUUUGAAUGGGAGUACUCUUUCACAACAAUGAAGCUAAAGAAUGCAUGAAGGGAUUAUAAUAAACUCGGCUAUCAGAUAAGCUCGAUCACCAAAUAACCAUGCAAUUAAGACAAGUAGAUGCUUCUCGUUUAGUAUGUGGACUAGCCAAGCUCCAUUUCAGUAUUACUUGAAAUCUUGAACUCUUUAUCUUUAAAACUUUGUGAAGCCGAGUCCAAGUUCACUCAACUAGCUUUUUGUAGUGAACACAGGUUUACCGCAACUUGGGAUCACUUCGUGUCAUUUACCAUCUUAGCAAAGACAUUGCUGUAUACUGCACUUCAGAGAUACAAAGAAGAGGGACAAUGCUAGAAAGAACUACAAGACGCUAGCUGACAAUUUUCCAGCAUGUAGAUGCUAUCUUUUAGACUUUAUGCCUGUUUAUGGUGCAUGGAUACUGCAGAAAAAGUAUCAACAAUGCAUGUUCCUAUCAUUUUGGGCCAAACCUAAAACCACUUUUAGUCCUAUCAAAGGAUGACCUGUGCAAUCCAAGAAGAUGCAGCAUUUCAUGCCAGAUACAAAUAACCAAAACAAGAUUUACCAGAUGACCCAUGUGUGAGCUGGCUUAAAUCAAACUUUAACACAUGAAUCAGGCUAAGAAAUCAAGAGAACUAAGAAACAAUUCAAGAAAAGAUCAAACACUACCACUCAGUGGCUUCAAUACCUUCAACCUAUUAGUGCCAAUAAUCACAAGACAGCUUAGCAAAGAAAAAGCGCAAAGAUAAAAGUGCCAUGAUAAUGAUAUUUCAGAGGAAUAAAAGUUUUAUUAACUGUUGCAGGAAAGGGCUAUUUAAUUAAGCCAGCUAUUUUUUCUUCAAAGCUGUCUCAAAUAACACUACAUCUAUUUAGUUGGUAGCACAAUAGCACAUGGUAUUAUCCCAUUGGGAAGCAAAACGGUAAAUCUAUUUGAUACCCAAAAAUAUGAUUUCUAAAAUUCCAAAUUUUGCAGUCACAUAGCUCAUAAUAAUGCUUGAUAAUGCUGGAGAAGAUUCAUCACAUAGGUCCUUGAUUACCAAGCAACUGACCGACUAGAUUUGUAACCUGAAAAAUGAAAAGACAGGAAGAUCUUAAUUAUUUACAAAUCAAUCCAUCGAAAUGGCUUUCUUUCCACUCUCGAAACCAAAGCCGAGCCUUCUAUUUCUCUAUUUAGGUACACACAGCUGCUAACAAAGAACAAUCUCAGAACAAUAACGUGCAAGAGAGUUAAGUUGUAUAAGGGAAAUCAUGCACCCACGGUUUGUGUACAGAAAUUUGAAAAUUCCAUGACUGUAAGUAAAUGCAAGAAUAUCACAUCAAUAAUAUCAACUACUAAAACUCCAAAACAGAGAUCAGAGUGACAAAACACUACAAGAAAAUACAAAUAAUUCCAUCAAGAUGUUGAAACUUGUUCAGAAAGUGCUUUUAAAAAGCCAAAGAAUGAUGCACUCGUCUUUGACAGAUUCAGUUGUCAAGUAUAACACAUCUCAGCACUGAAGAAUCAACUUGCAGUUUUGAUGGAGAAAGUAAUUACCUGCCAAUACUUUGAGACACAGCGAUCAAUGCAACUGUUUUCACCCAUGUUCAACUCAGAUUCCUUGUACCUGCAAACCAAAAUCAACUACUUAACUAGGCAUCACUACCAAGCAAACAACAACUAUGCCAAUAUGACUGAAACCAAAAAUUGUUCUAGACAACAAAAGUAAAGGGGAAAAAAGCAGAUGUAAGACGAAGGAAGAACCAAAUUCAGUACCUAUUCUCAACACACUUAGCAAAACACGUCUGAGUAAGCCUGUGCCACCAAAUCAAAAAGAGAGAACAUCAGCAAAAACUAAACCAAUAAGGCGUUUGACAAUCAACUAUUCAAAGUGCAAGUAGCAUAUAUCAGCCACAUAUAUGUUGGACAGUAAAAUCAAGCUCCUGGAUAAGUACAUCAAUAGCUUCUAGCUCCACACUAAUCACAAAUUUUUUCAAAGGGCAGGAGAUAAGAGAAAUCAUCCUAAAGGGCAGGACGUAAAAAUCAAGUAAGAAAACAGCUCACUUGUUAAACAUUUCCACCCUGUAUUCCAUCUCUUUCUCUGCCAUCCCAAAAAUCUGCAAGAUGGAGGGGAAAAAAACAAGGGGUUUCCCCAAUGCUCAAAUAAAACCACUCAAAGAAGAAACUAACAUUAAAAAUUGACCGGGAAACUCAUGAAGACAAGUGAAUAAUCAAUCAAUCGAGUGAAGAAUUUCACCUGAUCUCUAUUGACCUGCUGCGGCGUGAUUCUGUUAGCUGCCAUCGGAUCUGGCUCCCAACCACGCAAUUAUUCGCGGUGUCGAAUUCGAAAAAUCAGAAGGUGGAAGCAGCUCUAAAACUCCCCCGAUGCCCAGAAAAACCUCUGAGUUUUUUCCAAUUUCGGUUUUUUUUUUUUCCCCUUUGCAGAAAACCACGAGUACAGCGGAAGGGAAUUAGGGUUUUAGGGCAACCGGUUGUCCGGUUCGUUCGUUUGGUUCGUAGUGCUCAAGAAACCGAUACUGACGUGGGGGUUGGACAUACUUCCAAGACCCCGAUGCGUGGUAAGAUCGAAUCGGAG